CGCGCGUGUGUGCUUUUCUCUCUUCUUCGUCGCCGUCGUCGCCUUCUUCUUCUUCUUCUUACUUCUGUACCCUGGCCGGCGCAUCGUCGUUACCGUUUUCUCACGUCGACAACCACGUCGGCCGAGCCACGAUGCUCAUCGGCGUCGAAUAAUCACAGCAUACGCGCGUGUGGAAAAAGCACUUGCUGGCUGCCGCUGAACGAGAGCGAGCGUGCGCGCGCGCGCACGCCUCUGUGUCAUCGGCGACGUACAAUUAAAUCACGCAGUUCGCGCGAGUGUACUGUCACGAUAGGACCGCACAAUAUUCGGAUCGGCAGAUUACCGGUCCUCCGUCGGACGAGUUGGACCGCAAAUUGCGAUAACGCCGAUCUUGGGAUUUCCGAUUUCGGCCAACGUGUCCCUCCAAUUAAGCCGGGACCAGUGUGGUGCACGAUCGAGGCGUGAUUAACAGUGACGGUAAUUGAAAUCGCGAUCGGGAGGAUCGAGAGCGCGAUACCCGCGCUCCGUCGCGCAGUGAAAAGAAUCGCACAUCAAUGGCCGGUUUACGCGGUCGUGGAGAACGUUACCGCGAAUCGAUGACGAGCUGACGCGUGACGAGCUCGCGCAGUGACGCACGAAACUUCCUGUGCAUGACUUUGGUGUACAUCCUUUGUCGCCAUACAAACAACAACAGUUGGAUUCAGUUCCGUAAACUGCUACGCGGGUGAAGUGCUUUUUAGUGAUUUAACUGUAAUCCAACUCAAACUCUACCAAAAAAUUUCUCAAAUAAGUGUGUAUACGUGUGAACACGUGAAAGAAACAAUAUAUAUAUAUAUAUACAUAUAUAUAUAUAUGUAUAUGUAAUCAAACCCAGUGACAAUUACAGUGACAGUUACAGCGACUGAUCUGAUCGGUUCUUCGAGUCAACGAACAACCAUCUGUCUCUCUCAUCGCCACCAGUGAAAUCAGCCAAACCAUCCACGUGAAAAAGAAAGAAAUAAAUCGCCAAAAAAAUCGGAGAUGUCGCCUCUUCUCCUCACCUACGAUCCAACAACGUAUCCGUGAUCCGGGCAACAAGUAGUGAGGAGUCGCGAAUCGUGAAACAGAGGCCCCCAAGAUUCGGGCCCCGUACGGUGUUCGCGCGACGGCGGCGGCGACGACGUCGUCGGCGAGUUUGUCCGCGAGAACCGUAGGCUGUGGCGGCGGCAUCGACGUCGCGACUAAGGUGGAGCGUCCGGGCAGCACGACGACGCUCAACUUCACGGACCUGGGGAGCCCAUUCGGGGCGGGCGACCCCUGUCCGUCCAGUACCCCGACCCCGAACAGCAUGUCGGGUGGCGGUGGACCGUCAGGCGGAGGCGGUGGCGGCGGUGGCGGUGGCGCGGGUGCAGGAGGCGGUGGUUCCGACAUGGAACAGCAUCUCCAUCACACGGGGCUGGGCUCGGUGACACCUGGACCACCUGGCGGGAACGGCGGCGACAGCACGACCUCGAGCACGCCUGUCUCGCAGAGCGGCAAAUCGGCGUUCAUCGAGCUGCAACACAAUAAUCUGUACCCUGCCAGCCUGCGUGGCGGUUACCCAGGUGGACACAACGUGCCCGGCGCCCAUCAGUUCUCCCAUCAAGUCGGGGCGCUAAGUCACCAAACGUCGGGACCAGGCAGCGGGAACCAGCAACACGCGGAUGCAGGAUUCCCCAGUCCUAGGUCGCUGGCCGGAUAUCCGUUCGCGCCCAUGCACCAACACAACACCUACGGAUAUCACCUGGGAUCGUACGCGCCCCAGUGCCCCUCGCCGCCCAAGGACGGUGAGUACCCUAACUGGUGGUGCAUGUUCGCAGACCUCUCGCCAUUGGGUGACAAGGGUGGCAGUCUGGUCGACGAGCUUGGAGGUGGUGGCGGCGGUUCCUUGAGGAACGGUAAAGGGAAGAAGAUGAGGAAACCACGGACGAUUUACAGCAGCCUUCAGUUGCAACAGCUCAACAGGCGGUUCCAGAGAACGCAAUACCUCGCGUUACCGGAAAGAGCGGAGCUUGCGGCGAGUCUUGGAUUAACGCAAACGCAGGUGAAAAUCUGGUUCCAGAAUAGAAGAAGUAAGUACAAGAAGAUGAUGAAGGCGGCGCAGCAGGGCGGCGGUGGUGGCGGAGGGCAGCACGGUAGCCUCCUGGCCGGUGGAACCGCACUACCAGGGGGGCCAUCCCCUCAACCGGGUCAACCCGGAAGUCUCAUGCAAGGAGGAGGCGGAAGUUCGGUGUCGGGCAGUCCGACGACAGGCUACCUCGGCGGCAUGGGAGGCGGCGCGGGGGGUCACACCCCCGGCAGUUCGAGCCCCGGAAGCGAGAUGUCGCCUCAGCACAACGAGAGCCCGCCCGCACCCUCUUGGCCGGGCGAGAUGAAGCACCAUCCGCAUCCGCACGCGCCACCGCACACCCACCACCACCCCCACACGCCUGGCCACCAUCCACCCCCGCCGCCGCCGCCGCCGCACCACGCGGGCUACAUGCCACAGUACUCGUGGUACCAAGCGGAUCCUAAUCCCGGACUACUCACGGUGUGGCCGGCGGUUUAACGAAGAUGUCCUUCGAGCUGUGUUCAGGAGGAACUGUUUCUUCGUAGCGGCGCGGACGUGGCAGCGCCCCUGCCCCAAAGUGCGAAUACGUACACCACCUGUCGGGAUGGAAUUCGAUGUUAAUAAAAAAAAAAAAAAAGAAACGUUUUCCAUUCCUUGUAACGACAGCCGCGUGUUCAUAUCGGCCGGUUUUUGCGGCCCCUCACGUUUUGGGCCCGUCCGUCGGUUUACGAGUAAAAUCAAAUUCCUCGCGUCCGUUGAUCCGACACGGAAUCGAUCGCGGUGACGUCGAGAACGUCGAGAAACUCAAAUUCGAAAGUCGCUACGUUGGAAAAAAAAAAAUAUAUAUAUAUAUAUAUUCGUUGAGGAAUCGUCACGGAGGAAUCACGGACGAUGUUGCGAUGAUCGCGAGUGGCACGAAUAGGCGCGCGAUUCGAGUGGAUUCGGUAUCGUUUCACCUGUGAAAAUCGUGGAAGGGGCGGCCGCGAAAGAUCGCGCGCGCAAUGGUUACGCGUGGAAUCUCCUCGAUCGGAAAGCCUCUCUCGAGAUCUUGGAAACGCGCGGAAUCGAAAAUAGAGAUUCGGGUGGCGAUCGAUCGAUCGAUCUGAUGUAAUUAUGGAUAGGAUUUUGGAAGGAUGGCGCGGGGACAAUUUCCGACAGGUUCGUUAAAUGUCGAGAUAGCGAUCGAUCUCCCCGUGAAAAUGGCGGGGAGACGACGACAAGGGGCAAGGAUGUUCACCAGCGGGAUCAUCUCUAGAUCUCUUCGCCGCGUUCUGAAGAAAUACAAUAGAGAAUGCCGCGUAGAGGAUGAAGCCCAUCGUUUCCAUCGUAAAUGUCAAUCCGGUGGCUGGCGGUCGAUGACGUUAGAUCGGUCGAUCCCUCGCGACAGUUGGCCAACCGAGGCGACUGACCCACUUCGUGAUCUGGAAGCUGGAUCUCGUCGGGCGAAACGAAACGGAGGCAAGAGCGAGAAGGGAGAGGCGGACGGGAGGAAAGAGGACAGAAGCGAGAGGGACGAACAGAGUGGACAGGAGAGGAGGCGGCGAAAGAGAGAGAAAGGGAAUUAAGGGGAGAGAAAGAAACGUUGCACAAAGUCUCUCGAGUCGCCGAGAAACGGUCGUUCCUCAAGGCGGUUGGAAGUAAUGAAAUCCUAAUGACAUUUUCGUGAGUCAAACGAUCUCGGCAAUCACGGUGGCGCGGUGUAAUCACCGGUCCCCUCCUUUCCGGAUGAAGCAACCUAACCGAGGGGACCCUCCUCCGAAAAGGAGCGGAGGACACGAAGAGAUACGCGCGAUUUACCACGAAACCCGAGGCCGUGCACCCGAGCCAGGAUGGAAAAAAUCAUUAUCCCGGUCGACGUCGCGGCGGACAGUUCUGACAAGUGCGCCGGUUCAUUAAAUUCGUGAAAAAGGAACGAGGAAGAAAGAAAAAUAAAAGGAGGGGGAGGGAAAAAACGAAGAAGAAAAACGAAACAUUCGUGGAAAAGAGUUGCUCGAAAAUGGGCACGGACGAAACGUUGAAACAUCUGUCAUUCGCGAUGAUCUCGUGAUCGAAAUCUUUCUCCCAACUCAACUCGUUGUCGAACAAAUUCUCUUUCUUUCGAUAUUAACCCUCUGUUCGUAAUUCUCGAAUCUAAAUAAUUUUCGAUCGUAUCGGAAUCGAGGAAGAGAACGAAUUUUCAUGGUUUUACGCUGUUUUUACCCCGUAAAAACCCGUCGGCCAUGCCGGCUCACCCUUUGCCAUCUUGCCAUCACGACGACGAUACCGAUGUAGCCUAGCUUUCGAAGAGACGCCACGAAACCGCAGGAAAAAAAAAAAAAAGAAAAAGAAACGAUGCUUGCGGUUUGCAGGGGAAACUGGGAGGGCCGGUGUGCCCCACCGCCUGACCCAAAUCCUCGUGUCGGUGCAACAAUGGUCGUCUCAUGAGAACGCGGUCUUGCACGCUCCCUUUACUUCCUGAUUCUGCCUUCUUUUUUCGCCCCCUCCUCGGAGAUGCCACCGCCUCGACGUGCACCCGAGGAUUCGUGAAACUUCGUGAAAGCUGCGUCGAAAGAACCUCGAUUUUUUUCGAUCGAUCUCUUUUCCGCUUUUCAUCGUUCGAUCGAUCACCGAUUUGUUUUUAACAAAUCGUGUAUCGUCGGCCGGAACUCGUACGCGUAUAAUUGCAAUGAUAAUUUAAAAUGAUAAUUGUAAAAUCAUUUUAGAUAAUUCCGGGUAAUUGUGUAUAAUUUAUAAUAGGAUAUCGUAAAUGAAAUUAGAUUUGUUAUCCUUAAAAGCAAUUAAUCUGAUUAACUUGAUCGUAUAUUGUAUACGCUAUGCUUAAUGCGGUUUUUUUCCUUUCUUUUUUUUUUUUUUAUUUAUUAAGAUUUUAUUCACUCGAAUGAUAUGAAUUUCAUAACAGUUGAUUAACACGAUGUUUCUUAUCGCAUUCAUUACGAUUACGAAACAAUUUUGAUUUGAUGUAUAUUUUAUCUGCAUUCCAUUCCGAAUAUUUUAUUCAUUUAUAAAAUACAUGAAAAUUAAAUUAUAUUAACAUAAUUUAAUUUCAGAAGAACGGAAUUCACUUACGUGUACAAAUCGUUACUUGUAUCUUUCAAAAUUUAAAUUAUUCUUAUUUCGAAUUUUUCAAGAUUUUAAAGGACGCGAGAAUUAAUUAAUAAAUAAAUGAAACGGGAAGAUUAAUCGAACGAAACAGAUCGGACAAAGGUUCUUUCGACCGAAUUACGUUUCGUGAUUCCCCGGCAAUACCCGUUAGAAUAUUUCCUCGAGCGCGCUCGAGCUUUCCCAUCGUGAAACUCUCGACAUGGGAACAGAGUACAAAGCCAGUUUCACGCCGCUGGACAUCUGGAGCCAUCGCGUGUUACCUCGAAAUCCGCGAGAGAAAGAAAACAAGGCUCGGAGCCUCGUUGUAUCGGAUCGGAAUGGAUCGAAAGGAUGGAAAGGAUCCGAGCCCGUCCACGCGUUUCCCCUCCGUUUUCCGCCAUUUUUUUUCGAAAAUUUCCUCGUCGUUCUCUUCUCUCACCUCGACGCACCUUUGCGACGAUCACGAUCCUCGAGCUUCGGCUCGAUCAUUUAGACGAGAGCGAUUCCCUUCCUCGCCACGCCAAAUAAUAAUAAGUGCCGUUAGUUCCGACCGCGGAGACUUGGAAACGGACACGACGGAAGGGAAACGGAGAGAAACGAUUUCUCGCGUUUACGUUCGGUGCAAUAAUAAUAAUAAAAAAAAAAAAAAAAAA